GGGAUUAGGGAGAAAACGGGAGAGACCGCCCCUCCCGCCGUGCGGAGUUUCCGUCGCGAUCGAACCACAACGGAGGCGGUAGUGAACGCGGUCGCUUCGGGGCGCGGCGCAUUAUCGAGUACCAAAUAAUUAGACAUGGAGCUAAAAGGGAAGGUAGCCCUCAUCACCGGCGCCGCGGCCGGCAUCGGCCUCGCUUACAGUCAGGAGUUGCUCAAACAAGGAGCCAAGGUUGCACUUUGUGAUAUCGACUCGGAAAUUGGCGAGCAGGUGGUCGACGAUCUCGGUUCCAAGUAUGGACGGAAGAACGUGCUGUUCUGCCGCUGUGACGUCACCGACUAUCCCCAAUACGAGGAGGCGUUCGAGAUGACAAUGGAAGUGUUUAAUCGCUUGGACAUAGUGAUCAACAACGCGGGAGUAAUGAACGACCGAUUCUGGGAAUUGGAGGUUGACGUUAAUUUAAACGGCGUAAUACGCGGUACUCUACUGGCUUACCGCUUCAUGAGUAAGGACCGCGGCGGCCAGGGCGGCACCAUCGUGAACACGGCGUCCACUGCGUUCACCAGGCCUCAGGUCUCCACGCCCAUCUACACUGCAACCAACUACGCUAUCGUGGGAUUGACCAGGGCUUAUGGGGAUCAGUACCACGUCAAUUUGACUGGAGUGCGGAGUAUGGUGAUUUGCCCCGGCCUAACCGACACUGGUCUCGUCAAGGAGAUCCGUAAGCAGCUCAUGUCGUCGGAGUACGAGGCAGCUUGGCAGAGGGAUAAUGCUAGCUGCAAAAUUCAGAGCUCUGAGCACGUGGGCCGUGCGUUAGUGGAGAUUUUGGCAAAGGGUCAAAGCGGCUCUGUAUGGAUCGUGGACAAUGGAACACCAGCGCGGGAGUGGCGCGGUUAAGUCUGUCGUGAAAACCCCUUUAUUUUAUCACAACUAUGCGUAUAAACGCAUUUUCCAUUGUGGGUCGAGACGAUUUAGGAAGCUCAUGGAUUGAUUGGUGAAAAUUGUAGGAGACUUAUGAAAAUGAGAAGGACAUAAGGAAUGGCUAUAUUAUACUCAGAUGUGACCCCUUGCUUAUUUAGUAUUAAAUUUUUUACCUCUUUUAUACCCUCCCACGUCCCAAUAUUUCGAUAUCUCAAUGGAAACUAUUACUAAGGCCACAUUCAGACAUACAUUUGAACAAUGUGAAUGUGCUUAGUAUUUUCUUAUGUUAAAAUCUAAGUCACUUAGAAAUUGGGGCAUAUAAUGUAAGCUCAAGGAAUACGAUAGGAUAGGAAACGCUUCUAAUAUACUUAUGGAUUAUGGAUGAAUCCUUUUUACUUCAUGUAUGUUUAAUUGGACUUACAUAACACGUAGUAGAGGAAUGGUCGUGGUUGUGUAAAUAUUUCGUUCACCUAGUCGGUAAAGCCUACCAGCGUAAGGCAUUAUAUUUUUUAAGAUAUACUUUUAAAACCAAAAUAAUAUGUAAUAUAAAAUGUCGUAUGUCGUGAUAUAUAUUGUGUACUUUAAUCAAUUGUAAUGAAUACUUAUAUUGUAUACAAACAAGUAUGUAUUUAAGUAUGUGCAUACUUUGUAUUUUAACUGCUUGGAAAAUGUAAGUUACGGAUGUCAAACAUUUUGGUUUUAUAAUGACGAACUGCCUGCAGUAAUUGGUAGCCAUUAGAUGCGCCAGGUGAGCAUGUUACUGUAGGCAGGUCGCAUGUAUGUGUCCUCCAAAGAUUGUAAGAUUGUUUUCGAUGUUUUUAUAAACAUUUUGUAUGACAUUUGUUGAUUUAUUUGAUGACAUCAAAAGCUAUGCUAUUUUGCUUAUUUGCAAUAAAAUUGAGAAUUAAA